AUGUCAACCCUUCUCGACGUCCGCCCGCCCGACCCCGAGCCCCUCCCUCUCUACUCCAGAACUGACCCCGACACCGCCUCCAUCCGCUCAGCAGCUCCCUCCUACGUCUCCGACACACCUACCUACCGCUCCUACCGCACGCCGAUGUCGUUGCUCCCGCCUUUAUCCCCGGGCCAAGAGACCAUUGGGCUCCCCGCGCCCCGCGUGUACGCGCCGGGUUUCGCCCCCGAGCUGAGGAAUCGCGCUGGGGGGAGUAACUCGGACUUUAAUAUCACGCGGACGGUCAACGCGAAGGUGUGCAGCGCAGUUGCGCGGCGGCGGACGGAUCAGGCGCGGAGGGAGGUCGAGGGCAUGCUGAAUUCGCUGUCGGCCGUACCUCCGCCUUCGCCCUCUCCAUCCAUGGACCCCAGCACCCCGCGGUCAUCCUCCUCCCCGUCUUCCCCGGACUCUGCUGCGUACCCCGUGCAAAUCGCGCCCCUCUCCCCCCUCGAGGAUCCGGACCUGGUUGGCGCGGAAGCAGCGGGUCGUGCAAGGCGGUCGAGGGUGUACAGGGAGAUGUGCGCAAGGGAGGAUGAGACGAGGGGGCAUGAGAGCCGGAGCUGGGACUUCAUGGUCGGCCAGAUGAGUGAUUGGGAUGAGAGGAGGAAUAGCUGGAAUAGCUUCAAGUCGAAUAUUCCGAGUAGGGGCAAGAGGGGGCGGAGGUUUGGGUGGAGGUCGUAG